AUGUCCAAUCAAAGACAAGCCUCAUCUGCCUCCCAAGUCCCUCACCUUUCUCCCGCCGAACUCUCUUACCUUUACACCUCCCUCAGCCUCCCCAAGAACCCAAUUCGACCAGAUGGUCGUUCUCCAACACAAUUCCGACCUCUUUCCGCUGAAACUACUAUUCUGCCCGGUACAAAUGGCAGCGCGCGCAUCGGAUUUGCCGACGGUACACAAGCGAUUGUCGGUGUCAAAGCCGAAGUUGAGAAAACAGUCCUCGCAGCCGAUACUCUCGACUCACGGAGUCUUGCGCAACAUGGUGAUGCGCUGAACCGCGAGGGCGAAGAAGGAUCUGCCGCUGUCUCCGGGCAGGGCGAGUGGGUUCAGAUGUCCAUUGAGAUCCCCGGGUACAGGGACGAUGAUGCGCUUCCCAUUUUCUUGGGUGAGAUGAUGCGUGAGAGUCUAGUUGGCUCGGUUGAGCAUAAGGAUGAAAUGGCUGGAGGGCUGAAGGCAAGACUUGUGAUCAACAAGCGUUGGCAUUGGAGAUUGUAUAUUGAUGUCCUCCUUCUCUCUCAACCUUUGUCUUAUCCCCUCCCGCUCCUCUCUCUUACGACCCACCUCGCCCUUCUCAGUACCAAGCUUCCUAAACUAAAAUCGACGGGCGAGGAAGACCCCUUCUUCGACGAUGACUGGGCUGCUGCGGAGUAUCUGUACCCUCGCUCAAAACCCUCGUCUGGUGCUUUCCACCCUGUGCGACCGCCUGUGACACUCCUCGUUGUGUCAGUCGGCGAAAAUGUCAUUUUCGAUCCCAACCGCGAGGAGAUUUCAGUUGCAGAUGCCGUAUUGGCCAUCUCAAUCACCAGGAGCCAUGACUCUGAGGCUCUGAAAUUGCUUUCUAUUCGCUCUAUCGACCCGCCCUCUCGUUUGACGCAACCUGGUAUCCCUAACUCCGAGAAUGCGAGCAUGCUUGGUGCUGCUCCUGCUGAGAAUCCGAGUCAGGAGGAGGUCACUGGUGUCUGGAGACCUCGCCGGGGUGGUAUCAAGCGCUCUGUUGUUGCGCGUAUGAUCAAGACGGUGCUUGGGAAGGGAGGUGUUGGCGAGGAGGUCCUCGAAGGCCUCGAGGGCGUCGAAGUACAAUGA